AGUGCUUGCCUUUUAGGUCAGAGAAGUUCAGCUGCUCAAGAGUUAUUGUGGUCUCAGCCCAACAACAUUUACAUUCCUGCUUCCACUACCGUGUCCAGAUCAUCUCUUGUGUUUGAGAGAGAAAAUAUCUUUUUAACCUUGCAGGAUCUGACUCCCUCCCUUUCGUUGGCUGACCUGCAUUGACAGCACAGCUGCUGCUGUCAAUCAUCUCAAAGAGACACAGAGACCAAUGCAGGAAAGCUCAAGUGCUCGCGUGAAUUUGUACUUAUAAGGAUCUUAAGCUUUCAGACACACAAAUGGACCAGGAUGAAAAGAAUGAGGAAGUCGCUCCAGAUGCUGAGCUGGCAGCAGCGAUUAUGAGGCGACACUUUCGUCCGUCGCUGAUCAAAACUGAAGCAUGGGAAGGAUAUGAGUUUGCAGACAUGGAGAUCAAAAUCACAGAGUCGACAGACUGUUACGGGGCUGUUCUGUGGCCCUCAGCCAUGGUGUUGUGUCAUUUCCUCGACACUCACCGUGACGAAUAUAACCUGAUGGACAAGAACAUCAUUGAGCUGGGUGCUGGGACGGGUCUUGUUACCAUAGUAACCAGCCUCCUGGGUGCAAAGGUGACGUCAACAGACUUGCCGGAUGUCCUGAGUAACCUGAGACACAAUGUGAACCGCAACACCCGAGGGCGCUGCAGGCACGCGCCGCACAUAACCGAGCUCAGCUGGGGGAAACAGCUGGAGGAAAGAUUCCCGCGCGCAACCUGUCACUACGAUUACAUCAUCGCCGCAGAUGUGGUGUACGCGCAUCCCUACCUGCACGAGCUCAUGGAGACCUUCAUGCACUUGAGCUCAGACGACACCGUCAUCCUGUGGGCCAUGCGGUUCCGUCUGGACCCGGAGAACAGCUUCGUGGACACAUUUGAUAAACACUUUCAUCUGGAGGAACUUUAUGACUUGCCCAGCCUGCGCAUAAAGCUGUACCGCGCGCGCAAACGGACCAGCGCCUCUCAAUUAUUUUGAAGAGCCUCUGAUAUAUUAACAGAACUAUUAUUUUAUAAUAUAUUAUUAACAGAAAUUUGGAAGAGCAAUUUAGCUAAAUUAAUUAACCAAAAUUACUUUUGUGAUUCCAGAAGUUUCAGGAUCUGCUACAAUAGUUACAGAAGGGAAAAAUAAAUCCGAUUUCAGUUUACAUCUUGAUCUUUAUUAUUAUUUAUUUUUUUGUUUGUUUUAAAGUUAGAUCAUUACAAUUAAUAUUAAUUAUAUAUAAAUAAUAUAUAAAUUAUUUUUAUAUAAUUAAUGUGAAUAAUUAGAUAUAUUUAUCAUUAU